UUCGGGGGGGGGCUGGGCUGAGGCAGCAGGCAGCAGAAGCAGUUCAGGAUCCAAGCAAAAAAGCUUCCAUUUUUAUCAUCGACAGCCACAGCCAAAGGCCGAGGAGAGCAUCGAGUCCAGCUGGGACAAAGUGAGCGGGCUGUGACCAACCUGAGAGCAGAUUCCAGCAGAAGAAAAUGAGCCUCUCAGCCUGCAUUAAGCCUGUAUGACGGGGCUGAGGGCUCUUUGAUCAGGACUUUACUCCACUCUUUCUCUUUCAGCUGCUCUGACUGACAAAGGGAAACAGAAUAGAAAAAAAAGAAGAAUCAAAGUAGUCGCUUUCAGUUUGAAAAGGAAGUCCCAAGAUUCAUGAUGGAGGAGGGAUACGAACUCGACCUGACGUACAUCACGGAACGUAUCAUCGCUGUGUCCUUCCCCCGAGGGUGCUCAGAGGAGGUCUACUCUCACAACCUGAAGGAUGUCACACGAAUGCUCAAGUCCAAGCAUGCAGAUAAUUACCUGAUUAUCAACCUGUCAGAGAAAAGACAUGAUCUCUCUAGAAUGAACCCCAAGACAUUGGAUACAGGCUGGCCAGACAUGCACGCUCCACCUCUGGAUAAGAUCUGCACCAUCUGUAAGGCCAUGGAGAGCUGGCUCAACGCUGACCCUCUUCACGUGGUGGUUAUACACUGCAGGGGCGGCAAGGGUCGAAUUGGAGUCAUCAUUUCAUCCUUUGUGCAUUUCACCGACGUGUCCGCCAGUGCUGAUCAGGCAUUGGACCGCUUUGCGAUGAGGAAAUACUAUGAUGAUAAGGUCUCAACUCUGAUGACACCUUCACAGAAACGGUAUGUUUGGAUCCUCAACAGUCUUCUAAGUGGAUCCAUGAAGAUCAAUGCCUCACCAUUGUUCCUGCACUGCGUCAUUCUUCACGGGAUACCAAACUUUGACGCCACUGGAGUAUGUCGUCCGUACAUCAAGGUUUACCAGGGAAUGCAAGCGGUGUAUUCAUCUGGAAUCUAUCACAUUGGUCCAGGCCACAGAGACCGGGUAUGCAUCACCCUGGAGCCUGCCCAGCUCCUUAAAGGAGACAUCAUGAUUAAAUGCUAUCACAAGAGUGACAUGACUUCAGAACGUGAAGUUGUUUUCCGGCUGCAGUUCCACACGGGAGCAGUGCAGGGCUACAACCUGAUGUUUGAAAAAGAGGACAUGGAGACUGCCAACAAAGAUCCCAGAUUUGCAGAUUAUGGUAAAGUGGAGCUGGUGUUCUCCGAGGGACCAGAGAGGAUCCCAGGUGCUGACAGGUGGCAAAAUGGGGCGGAUGUUAUUGUGGACUACAACACAGCAGAUCCUCUAAUCCGCUGGGACUCCUACCAGAACAUCUGUGAUGGGGAAGCGCCACCCUCUCAAGGCCUAACCCAGGACAAAGCAGCUAACAAGAGGAUCCCCAACGGAGGAGAGACCACACUGGGCCGAGGGACCCGCACAACCUCCGCCACAUCCAGCCCUGACCACAGCGACCACGCCCUCUCUGUGAGCAGCGACUCCGGCCUGUCUAGCACUUCUCUGUGGGCAGACAGACCCACACCUGUCGUCACCACCACCACCACCACCACCACUACCACCACAGCCAACAUCAAGUCUAACCAGGGUCCCAGCAAGCAGGAAAAAGUCCAGCUUAAGCGCCUUUUAAGUGGCUUUGGACUUGAGGACCCCUCAGCGGAGGAGAUGGAUGAUCAAGGCCCUAGAGUGGGCAUUCAGCAGAUAGUCCCAGCACAAGUGCACAUCAGUAGAGACCCCAGACCCCGAGAGAGGGAAACAGACAUCCUGGAUGAUGAGGUCAUCACAGGUCAUGAUCUGCACAGUGUGGACAGUUUAGGAACCUUGUCGUCCUCCUGCCACAAGAGCAGCCAGAACUCCCUGCUGUCAGAUGGAUGUGGGAGUCCCGGAGGGGAGGAGCAGCAUAGCCAAAGCCAGCACCACCUCCAUCACCCUGCACCCCUUCCCAUAGAGGAGUACGAGAGAGCCUACGCUGAGGCGAGAAGGGGCUGUCUGAGCUCCAGGAGCAACUCUGUGGCCUCUUCUAAUCCCAGCAGUGCUUCCAUGCCCAAGCAGCAUGUCUACAGACAGGGAAGCUAUUCCACACAGUCCUGGGUUCGCCAGCAGCAGAUGGUCGCUGCACAACAGUUUAUCUACAUGCCUGAGGAUGGAAACGACACAGAAAGAUACCCAGGGAACAAGCAAGGGAGCAGUUCCCCCAAAGCAGGCCUGCCUGCUGAACCACAGGGCCCUACCAGGGACAUGGUGACAGAUGCUCUGAGAAACAGAGCGCCACACAAGGAGCAGGCAAUGCAGAACAAUAACAACAACAACAAACGUGAUGAGGAGUUCAAAUCUCUAACGAUGGACAUCGACAACUCCAUCGACCAGCUCAACCAGCUGAUCAUGGACCUGGAUCCCACAUUUGUGCCGGUGUCAAGCCACAGCAGCUCAGUCAAGAGGAACGGCGGUCUGCAUGUGAACGGCUCAGUCUCCAAAUGCUCUAACGGCAUCAAUCUCAGAUUCAACGAUAAUAACGCAGUGACCCUGAAAAACACACAGCAGACAGGUGUCCAGUCCAGCGAGGGGCGGGUCAGUGUCACACGCAGCCUGAGUCGCCAAGGAAGUGAUGUCACGGAUCAUCCAGGCUUCUGUAACUCAGGGUGGGGCGCGACAGAGGAGUACAGGGGCCAGCGGACGUACUCCCCCUGUGUGCCACAGUCACAGCAUCACAUGUUGUACAGGAGUGACAGUGCUGACUACAGGGCUCAGGGCCCAGACAUGGACAGUGGGGUUGAGCCCGGGAGUGACAUGACUCCACCCACUCCCGCCUUCCCCAUUUCUCCGCCAACACCUUAUGUGAAAAAUAUGUCGGAACUGACUCACCUCAGGCAAACACCAUCUCCUAGCAUGCAGUCUUAUAGAGGCUACAACGAGGACCAUGAACCCAGGGGAUAUUCAGAGAUGAUCAGUCAAAUUGGAGUUGACAGUUUACCAGACUCCUCCAUCAACUGCCACAGGACGCUAAGUGCCACACACUCUGCCUCUGUUGUUGGGACCCUUCAGCGGACAGACAGUUCAUCCAUGAACCAGUCCUGGCCAGAGCAUCCCGUCCUGAGCCGCCACUCCUCUCUGAGCAGCUACGCCACUGCAAGACAACCACCACAGCAUUCCAUGUCCCUGGACUAUGGCCACCACUCUCCUCCACUGCACCACCCCCACAUCCACCCUGCCCCCAACGCCCACAGCUCUCCCCGAAGCAGCCAGCGAAGCUGUUUGGCUCGCUAUGCUCUCAGCCGCAGUCCCCCUCAAAGCUUUGACGAGCAGGAUGAUUCGGGCCUUGGCUAUGGCACAGACUGUCCGAACUCCACCUCUUCUCUGCAGGGAAAUGGAGGCAUCGACAGGGAACAUUUGACCACUGUGGAUGGGCAGAAUCAGUCACAGCUGUCCCAGAUACAGCCCCCACUUCUGCCUCAGAAGAAGAGAGCGUCGGAUGGGGAACAUUCGCUGGGAACAGCGUCUCCAGCCCUCAGUGGGUUCUCGAGUCCCCACAGUGGGAGCUCCCUGAGUAUUCCUUUCCCCAAUGUUUUGCCUGACCUUUCAGCUCAGAUGCCAGGCACAGUCUCACCUCUGCCAGAUGUACUGGUCAGCAAGCAGCUUACUGUAAAGUUUGUGCAGGACACAUCAAAAUUCUGGUACAAGCCGGAUAUCUCAAGGGAUCAAGCCAUUUCAGUCUUAAGGGACCAGGAGCCUGGUAGCUUCAUCGUACGGGACAGCCAUUCCUUCAGGGGGGCAUAUGGACUGGCAAUGAAAGUGGCUACUCCCCCACCCUCAGUUCUCCAACAGACCAAGAAAGGAGGUGAUCUAUCCAAUGAGUUAGUUCGCCACUUCCUGAUUGAGUGUACCCAGAAAGGAGUGCGGUUGAAGGGUUGCCCCAAUGAGCCUUAUUUUGGAAGCUUAACUGCUCUGGUCUGCCAACAUUCGAUCACUCCCUUGGCCCUGCCCUGCAAACUUAUCAUACCUGACAGAGAUCCUCUUGAAGAUGUUGUGGAGACUACCUCACAAUCUGUCACCAACUCUGCUGCUGAGCUGCUAAAACAGGGAGCAGCCUGUAAUGUGUGGUACCUAUGCUCAGUGGAGAUGGAGUCACUAACAGGUGUCCAGGCGGUGCAGAAAGCCACCAGUAUGACUCUGAUCGCCAACCCUCCUCCAACCUCCACUGUAGUCCACUUCAAGGUGUCCUCCCAGGGAAUCACCCUCACUGACAACCAGAGGAAACUCUUCUUCAGGAGGCACUACAAUGUCAAUACGGUCAUAUUUUGUGCAUUGGACCCUCAAGAUAGAAAGUGGAAAAAAGAUGGCUGCCCUUCAGCAAAGAUCUUUGGCUUUGUGGCAAGGAAAACUGGCACUUCCAUGGACAAUGUAUGUCACCUGUUUGCAGAGCAUGACCCAGAGCAGCCAGCAAGUGCCAUUGUCAACUUUGUUUCCAAGGUGAUGAUUGGCUCACAGAAGAGUAAGUAGGCCUGCCCUCUGGCUGAGCUGAGCACCUGGACAGACUUUUAACUGAGAGUGAGAAAUAAAGACUGAAAGACUUAACAAAGGACAAAAUGUAAGGACUGAAGAUGGUGAUGACCUGGACAUUAACCCUGGAUAUUAACUGGAUGUUGGAUAUACAUUAUGGAUACACAUAAUCACCACUUACCAGCACCCACACAUUAAUAACAUCUUUUAAUAUAAAAAUAUAAAUCCCCUUCUAUUCUAUUGUUUUUCUAUACUGUAAAAUUAACUGUAAAAUAGCCAAGUAAGAAAACAGCUAAAUCAUAAAAAAAGUUUAAUCCUUUUUAACUAAUUUACAACUGUAAUUCCUUCAUUCUCAACAUAUUUUAAGUACAUACAACACACACAACACAAAGGCUGCUUUUCUUAUUUGUGACAGUUUUAUGGAGAAAACUCUACCUUGUUGCAUGUGAUAUUUUUUUGUUAUAUUUAACCAAAACAAACUUAAUUCAAGCUAUUAACAGUCUGUAAAGUCUCUGUGCUGUGUUUGUCCAGCAUGCAGUAUUUGUUUGUGGAGUUAAAAUUGUGUAAAAGUAGUGCAGCAAAUAUGUACAAUUUGGAUUUUGGGACGGGCUACAUCGCAUACAGGAUUAUCUUAUUUUAUCUAUGCAAUGUAAAAUUUUAUUUUUUUAAACCAUGGCCUUCUUUACAUGUGCAGCAUGUAUGUGGCUUAUCUGAACCUGUUAAAUAACUUUCUUCUCAAGAUGUAUGUGAAUAUGACCACUUUCAAAGCAGUCAGCAACACUUUAAUGAAAGAGUGUGAGAGUGUGUGUGUGUGUGUUGAAAUAAGAGAAACCAUAGACAAUAUUUUAAUUAAUCCCUAAUAUAUAGAUUGAUUUGACAUGGUUAAAACACAUCAAGUGGCGUACCACUCAGCUACCAAAUUUUUACUUUAGUUUGCCCUCCUUUGGGAGGCUCAUGGCCAGAAGCAGCACUGCAAUGUUUCUUUAUCAAAAAUAUAUCAGAAGAUUCAAUUUGUACUUAAAUAGGAUUAGGAUUUUAAAAAAGACAUGCUGCUAUGGAGAGAACAAAUGGUGUGAUUGCAUUAGUCUUACAGUCUAAGUUCUUAGAAGAACGAAAAAUGCGACAUAAAUUUAAGAUCUGACAUAUUCUCCAUUCAUCUGUCAGUUAGCUACAUCUACAAUAUAGAUUCUGUGGAACAAAGAUUACCCCCAGUUGAGUGUUUGUUGAUAUUGUAUAUGAGAGAUCAUAAAACUUGAUUCCUUUUAACUUUUUGUGUUGGGCAGUCAUUUUAUCCAGAGAGGGACCUACCACCACAAUACAGCUCUGUUGAUGGAUUACAUUAUGUACACAUUUGUUUGACAUAUUAUCUGUACCUCAUACUUAUCUCAUACUGUGCCUCUGUGUAUAACAUGCUACAUGUGAACAGUUUAUGUGUAUAUUGACAUUAAAUUGUUGGAUGUGUUCUGUAAAUAAACAAAAUGAAACACUUA